CUUAUUCAUUGGUACUUACAUGAUUCUGUUGAAAAAGAGCAAAAUAUGAAAUGAAUAAAUCAUCUUAAAUCGCGAGAAUUCAAUUAGGUAAUAAGUUUAGAAAUAGUUCUACGUAAUCUAGUCUGAGUUGCUAGCUCUUGUAAAAGGAAAGCAUACAUUACAAACAAUGAAUUUCAUUUUAGUAAAAUAAAGGCAUAUUUUUAUAAAUUAAGUACGAAUUUUCCUGAGAUAUUUUUGAGGUGUAUCACAAUUACAUUUAAAAUCUUUCGAAGUUGUGACACGAUAAGUGUUAGUAGUUUAUUUUUGUUUCAAAAUUUAGUUUAUGUUCAACGUACGUUGUCUGACUUUGGAUGGGUGCAAAGAGAUCUAUUUUGCAAUUCACUCGAAGUAUCUAGGUUCCGAGAUAACACGAGUGUUUUUCACAAUCGACUAACAAUCGCGAAAGAUUUAUACAUUCGCCGGCGGUUAGAUGGUAAAACACGGAGUUAUUUCAGACGGAAUCCGCCUUGUGGAUUUGCUCCGACGAAAAUAGUAUCAUCGAUCUUAUUCGCAGAGAAUAACACCGGCCUCGUAUUUAUUUAUCCAAAGGCAUAUACGAAAACUUUUGCCUUAUUUUCAGAGUUCAUUUGCAUAUUCAUAAUUCUAGCUUUUGUUAUAUAUAUUAGUGGAACUAUUUCGUACGAAGAUGACGUACUCAAACUGAUUACAACGUUAAGUGAGACUUCUUGUCGAGUACUGAGUAAACCGCAUCAAAUUCGCAAUUUGGCUUUUGUCGGUUCACUUGAUUCAAUUAGGCGUUGAUUGUCAGCGGCUAGAGGUCGCGUCGGGGUUGUGUCUGCGUUAAUUAGGGUCUUACACUUCGCCCACACACGUGCCUAUUGUCAUCCUCUGCUCUAUAAUCUGGCUGUGCCUUCGCUUGAUUCUUGUUUAACAAUGAAUACGUUGUGAUUUAUAAUUUUCCUUCGAGAUAACGUUGUUUUUCGUUAUAUUUUAGUAAAAGCAGUCUUAUAUUGACCUUAAUACGCUUUAAAUGCCAAUACAAUAAAGAGCACUAAGAAAACAUUAUUAAAGAUAACAGACAAUUCAUAAAUUAAUUAGUUCUGUAGCGGCAAACAAAAAUCUGGAAGCAAUAUAACUGUCUUUUAACGUUUAUUUACGUUUGUAUUGUUUGUGUGUAUGUUUGUGUAUAGGAACCAAUGGCACACAAUUUUUUAUUAAUAGUAAUUUUUCUAGAACAAUUGCCAAGAAUCGGCGAUGUGUUUACAUUUUACUAUUCGGACAUCACGUUUGUGUCAUUUGUGUUUCCCGACGUUUGUGUAUAAUAAAAGCUUUAUUCUUGUUGAUCAUAAUCCCCGUUAUCAAUAUUGCGUGACUAUGAUCUCGUGCCUUCGUUAAUUGCAAACUUGUUACGGCUUUCAUUAUGAUGAAGGAGUCGUUGCUCACUCUGUAACAAUAAAUAAUGUCUAUCGUUAGUAAGUGUUCUUUAGUUCGAAAAAAGGGCCAAUAUAACUUUAAUAUUAUUGGUCUUUCUUAUAUUACUUCAUUACUUUUAUUUUAGACAACAGAUAUUCUAGUGCGACAGUUAAUAACUAGUGUAGCGUUGAAGUUAAGCCACGCGAAAAAUAUUUCUAUACUAUUGUAAGUACAUCUCUGUCACGGCGAAAUAACAUUCAUGUUACCUCAUAAAAGAAGGCGUGUUUUUAUUAAUAGUAAUAGUAAGUACUCUGUAUUUUUUGUUGUCACAAGUGAUGUUAUCAACCCGAGAGCUGGUUUUGGUUUAGUUAAACAAAGCAGGCUAAGCACCGGCACCGGUUGAGCAUGAUCGUGCGUCAGUGGACUAAGCUCGUGGGUGGCCUUGACUGAGCCAAGGACGGCGCUCGCGCAGGGGGCGUGCCGGUCGGCUGAACACGCGAACUGUGCGCGUAUCGCAGUUUUUUUCUCGCCAUUUCCUAACUAGAUUUUGUUUGCAUAUUUUAUUAAUUGUAGAUAAAGUGGUUUUAAUGCGGAUGGCAUCAUUGUUUGAUCAGGUAGGAUCUAUCAAUUGUAUACUUACUAUUUUUUAGAUAAUUUAGCCAAUAAUGCAUUAGUAAAAUUCGGCUGUUGUGCAAACUGAACAAAUUUUAUAAAAAGGAUUUGGUUUUUUUUUUAAUAGAUUCCCUACUUAUUUUAAAUCAACAAUUACGUGAAGAUAAACAAAACCAAGUAUGUAAUAACACGCUCGAGUUUUAAAUAUAGUAGAGUUUACUUAUUGCGUUCUUUUUUUCGUUUAUAGUAUCUAGUUCUCAGUCGGCAUACUGAUCGGGUGGCAUUGUGUAAGUAUCGAUUCUGGCAGUCGUUGGCCUGCUUUGCACAAAAACUGUCGAUGACCGACGCGGCUUCGCUCCGCUCUUGCCAGUACUCAUUAUUCGAGAGUCCCGGACGUUGCGUACGUGGCGCGUAUAUCUUAGGAAAUGUUCAUUUCCCACUCUUCGCCAUCACUCUAUUCCAUGUUACAUUUGAAAACGAGGAAAUGGUAUGGUGGCUUUCUUCGUUCUGACGUUCUCAAUUUCACUAAUAUAACACUACUACUACUGUCAAUGUCAAUAGGAUCGUAAUUGAUUAGAUUUAUCGUACUGCCAUCCACCUCGUGUACUUUACUGAAUGUAGUGAAUAUCGUAUUCACUGAAAUUAAAAAAAAAAUUUUUUCAAAUAGUGAACAGGGGCAAUGAGUUAUUUUAAUUUAAAUUCUAUUUUUUUAUGUAGUACAUAGAACUAAAGCUUCAAUCAAUAGUUUACUUACAGAUAAUAUUUUGGAAACCAAAAAUUUAUGUUCAUCAUUAUUAUUACAAUUUCAUAUACCUCUAUAAAUAUUGGGAUUGUAUUAAACACUAAUGUGGCAGUGCAUUUAUAAUAAUCUCGUAUGUUAAUUGCAGAAUAGAAUCGCUAAUGUUUUGUUUGCUGGCUAAACAAUGCAGCAAAUAGGUAUGUGUCUGCUACGGAGUGCGUAUUCUGUAAAUUAGCUUCAAAACAACUACUUAAUUAUUCAUGCAGCUUUAAACUCGCCGUUGUAGCAGUGUCACAAUGUGUCGCCGUAAUAAUAUUCACUUGUGUUACGUUGUACUUAACAGCUAGUCCAGUCGUAUUUACUUUGUAGCUGCACGUUUUGAGAUUGUACAGUUUCAGCUUUAGGACGAUCUGUUUACGAUGUUUCAAGUAAAAAAAAACAACUAACAUUCUCUUUAAAAUAUGGGAGUUUAAAUUUAUCGUACUCUGGAUUAGAAGAGCUUUAUUCUUAAUUUCUGAAUGCGAACUCGUGAGCUGUGUUGAUAUCUAAAUAUAGAAUAUCUGGUAUCAGCCAAUGCUGAUUUGGAUACGACCAAUGUUUGUCUCUUACACUACGUAUACGCCAUUUGCCGUGGCGACCGACACACGAAUAUUGGGUUCGGUCGUUGCUCUUUUGAAUUUACGCAACUUUAUGAGACAGUACAUUGUCUUUAUCGUUAUCUUGAACAAGAUUAUAUUGAAUACGGACUACUGUUUGAAAUAUUCUGUUCAUUUAUAUGAUAGUAAAAAAAUACGAAUUGUCUGUUUUUGACUACAUAAUCGUGAAUGCUACGCGUUGUUACGGUUGACCACCAAGAUGUACAUGCAUAUAUUACAUAUACUAUUAUGGUGACGCUAUAGCAGAAAGAAAUUAAUAAAUAUCAACAUACCAGUAUUUUUUUGGGUUUUGGGUUCUGUUUGUCGGAAAUUCUUCAUAAUUGACAAUUUAAGAAAUCGUCACAUCAUCACACUAUAGGGCUCUUAUUGACUUGAUGAAAAUUUCAAAUGCAUAUAUAGCAUAUGAACCUUUUUGAGUAAGCGAACAAGUAUGCUAAUAAAAAAAAUCAUAAAGGAUCAGGUGGGAAUCGAACCAUUGUCAAUAAUUGAAAGAUAUCCACGAGCUUCAACUGCAUUUUCUUCGGGAUUCGUUAUUUAUAUUAAGUAUUAUAUUUUUAAUAUUAAAGAGUUCUGAAGUAUAAUAAUUGUGGUUGUAGUUGAAAUCCAUGAAGGUCUGGUAGUAUGCAAUGGUAGCUGUAAAAAUAUUGUUCAUGAGUGUCACCGAUAUAUUGAGUAGAGGCCAGAAAGUCGGCACUUGUGUCUGCAAAUCUUGUUUCGAUCGACCGAUAUUCAUCUUGGCUUCGUUUUGUGAAUAGGCUAGAGAUUUGAUGAUGUUAUGUAACUAACGAAUAAUUUACGCUGCUGUGUAGACAUACCAUUUUAUCAUCGUUAACAUUAAAUGACCAGUUUUCACUAGUUCCUAAAAAGUUCUUAUUAGCAAGUAGGUAUUUUUUUAAAUGUUCGAAUGUCAUAUGCAAAUAUUAAGCGUAUGUGCACUCGAAAUACAUAUUUUGAACGACUAGUAUUGAGUGCACGGCCUUGCUCGCAAAGUGGAUAAUCACGCCUGACUGUUGAAUAUGUCCGCAGGAGAUUGGAUAACAAAUUUAUAUGUGUUUACUAAAUCAAUUUGCAUCCACCGUGCGUUCAAAAUUUCAGGUACUAAACAAAAACAUCCGCUUAAAUUUUUUUUUAGUUAUUUUCUUUGUAUACUUUGCGGGAAUACUUUUUGGCUUUACGGAGCAGAACAUUUAUUUUAGAAUAGAAUAGAAAUAUUUUAUAUUUUAUAACUUUGUAGUCGCUCGUAAAUUAUCUGAUAUUGUUGGAUUUACAACAUGUAUUUUUUCUUUAUUCGCAUAAUCAAAACAUUACAAAAAUAUAUUGCUUUAAAAUGUCACAUGACGUCAAGUUUUGGUACAGUUUCUACUAAAAGUGACGUCACGAGCCCCCCACUCCCAAACUUUAAAGCGUUUUAUAUUUGUCAGUUUUGAUUGACUGACUAAAGAACAAAUACUUGUCCAUUAUUUUUUGUAUAUCGAACUGACGGACAAAAUAGAAUUUCGUUUACUUAACCCUGUCGUCACCCAUAUUUUUUGUAUACUGCUCCAAGUUAAGCUUCUGAGAAUGAAUCCUGGUGCUUGUCACACACUUGAUAUUAUAAAAUCGCACACUAAUCAGAUAAUAAAUAAAUCCUGACAUGAAUUACAAAAUUUCAAAGAAAAAAUAUAUAGAAAAGGCGAUCAGGAACGCAACCGGAUAAUUUUGUUACUAACUUAACCCGAUAAUAAUGUUGUAUCUAAUUAUUCAAAGGUUUUUUUUACUGGGUUGGUUGGAGGUAUUCAGAUAAUAUUUGAUAAAUCGUACAUGAAAAGAAUAUUUGAUUGAUAUCAGAAGAAUAUUGAAGGAGAUAUCUUAAUAUGGAAAUACGUGCAAUUGCCUUAUCAUAUUGUGUAAGUAUCACGGACUAGAUAAAAAAACCGCAAGCCUGAACGUUUCUUUAAAAUAUUGUUUAUGCCAUUCUUUAGUUUUUAAAUCCAAUACGGGAAAAAAUACAUACUUAGAAACAUUAUUAUACUACGCAUCCCUCAGUCGCUGACAGGGUUAGCUGAGCAUUAAACAAGCGUAUUCGGCACGGUGGAGUUGCCGGACAAGCCGAUCAUGCUACCUCCCUUCGUGGAGGCGACCCACUGCUUCGGCUACCACUUGACGCGCAAGGGCCGCGCGGUCGCCGACCGCGUCGUGUCCGUGCUCGGCUUCGCUUGUCCCGACAUCACCUACAGCCCGAGCCUCUACCCCAUCACCGCUGCCUUGUUGCACUUUAUGCCUGAAGAGGAGUGCUACCAUUGCAUGGCCAGCCUGGUAGCGUCCAAGGAGAAGAUGUUCAUCACACAGACCAAACUACUCAACGAGGUCACAUGGAAGACUGUUAUGCAGAUUGCCAAGAAGCAUGCCAAGUCAGCAGCGCAGCACUUGACGCGGCUGUCGGGCGGCAUCGGGCCAGAGCGCAUCUACACUGACUGGCAGUGGUGGAUCCUGGCCGCUCUGCCCUUCCCGCACCUGGUCCGCGUACUCGACUGCUUCUUUCACGAAGGAAUCAAGGUAUUCUACAGGGUAGCUCUGGCAAUCCUCAUACUGUUUCACAAGCAUUCGACAAACCAGAACUCGGAGUGGUACGCAGAGGCGACCAAGAACGGCGUAGACCAUGCCAUCGACAAAUUCUGCAGAAACAUGCCUGCUUCCCCCACCAAGUUGCUACGGACUGCUUUCAGCAUUAGGGCGCUUAGUUCACAGUACAUAUCGCGGGUGUUCAUCAAGACAGAGAUGACGCUCAAGUCGAAGCAAGUCAUCACCGGAUCAAGGCUCGUUCGUUCGCGAUCCUCAGACAACCUGCCCACCAGUCAGUCGCAGGUCAACAUUCAGAUGAUGUCACAUACGCUGACCAUACGAGAGUUGUUCACUCUGUGGUCGUGGCUGCCCGUGCGCAUCACGAUGUACCAGCCGGUACUCCUGUAUACUACGGAGGAGCACGGCUGCUCUCUGACCACAUUCUACGUGCGCGUGGAGCAUCACGAACCAACUCUGCUCAUGAUCAAAACGUGUAAUAACGAGGUUUUCGGAGCAUAUUGUUCGACGCGGUGGUUUGAACGAAAUCAAAAAGACGAGCGUGGGAACAGGCAAGCCUACUUCGGUACGGGAGAGACAUUCCUCUUCAGCUUACACCCCGUCAGAGCUAGAUAUCCUUGGGUCGGCUGCCUUCAAGACGAAGCCGCGGAACCUGACGCGGUGACUUCGCACGCUAAUUCUCUGUUCAUGGCCGCGGAUAAUACUAUGAUCACCGUGGGAGGAGGUGACGGGCAAGCAAUAUGGAUGGACGAGAACAUAAGGUUCGGCAAGACGGACCGUUGCUCGACGUUCAACAACCCACCUCUCUGCCCUAGCGGCGAUUUCGAGAUCCGCGUGCUCGAGGUGUACGGCUUCUCGGGCGCCUGAACGUAGCGCCGGGAAUCUCCGCUGUCGACCGCAUCUCUACGGCCGCCUUCGAAACGAUGAAGUAACCACAUACUUAUUUUUGACCAGCAUUUUGCCUCGAGACACCCUUCCAACGAAGAGAAGCAAUGAAAUGGAUUUUGUUAAAGCGAAACGACAAGUUAAUAUAGUUCAUAUCAAACGUUUUGGGAGCAAUAUAACCUUUACAAAGACUAUAGCUUAGUAAUGGGAAUUAGUAGACAUUUUGAAAGCAAAAUCUAUUUAGAUCAAAGUAAUUAUCACUUUGUUUGACACAGAUUUAAUUAAAAUCUUCAAUUGAUAUGUAAAGUUUUUGUGUUAGCUCUCGAAUCGUUUGGAACGGAUUAUAGCAUUUCGCCUCGAGACACCCUUCCGAUGAAGAGAAGCACUAUUGAUUUUGUUACAACGAAACGAGAAAAAAGUUAAUAUGUGUGUUCAAUUAUGUUACUUCACUGUGUAGAGACAGCUGUUGCGCAGCGACUCUGAUAUUUAAGGACGAUUGAAUUGACUUUGCUGCGCAUCACAGCGCGUCCGAUUCGAAGGCGCCCUAACAUUUUAGUAACGUGCGAAUUUCGCCGCCAUUUUCGCGAAGAAUUCAAUCCAUCGAAAUCUGCGAGAUCACCAGAUUUUUAUCUGUUCUUGGACUAUAUUUAGACUUUUGAUGUUAUGGUAGAGGUAGUGGAAUUCGUAUUUUAUCAUACCCAACCCCUCCUCCCUCAUUCCUCAUUCUACCCCCACCUUACAAGUCGGAUCGAACUCGAUCGCGAAAAUAGCGAAAAAUUCCCUCCCCUUAGUGAUGUAUCGAUAGCCCUUGCCGUUGUAACAGACUGUGUAGAUGUAUUCCUAUAUUUAUUCUAUGACUCGUUAAUCUCUGUAUGUGGCCCCGUAGCUAUCCUAUUGAUGUGAACGCGGCUGUCCGUUCGAGACAACGAAGACGGGGAAACUAGGUUGUUUCUAUAUGUAUAGAUAUAUUACUCGUGUUUAGAUGUCUGCGUGUAAGUACAAAAUGAAUGUAUCGUACCUACUCUUGAUGGAUUUUUAAUACGCUUAACGAAAGCAAUAUGUAUAAUAUGGCAUGGCCGUGCGGUGGUUUUGUCGUCGAUGUGAACAUUCCAGUGACUGGAGGCUUACGCAGGCCUCAUGCACUCGGCUGCAAUAAAAUAAUAAAAUUUUCAGAGGAAAAAUAUUGUUUGAUGUUUGGUCGGAAGGCUAGCGGGUGGAGCACACCAUAAGUUGCCAUGUUUAGCGCGUUUACGUACAUAGAACAUGAAACUCGCCAAAUAUGGCAACCCACGUUCAACAAAUGGUUUUCCAAUAAAUAUCGAGACACACAUAAUAUUCGUUCGGUCCAAACGUCAGUAUUUAGGCAUCGUGCAGUAUGGAAUAUCAUUGUCGCUUUUAGAAUUAUGGAUGUUGAAUAUACUCAACUGUAAUCAUUUGUCGUUGCUCACAAAAAUAUACCAAAGAAAUUUUCUAUUAUGUAGAAAACGCUACGCUUUUCUGUUUGUAUGUUCGAUAGCUAGUUUAACUAAAUAGCCGUCGCGUAUUUUAAGAAGCUUUAGGAUAUUUUACCACCCUUUUGGUCGUAUUUAUCGGACAUAUCUAACAGGAGAGCUAUUGGAGAUUAUUGGAGACAGCAGAUACCAUCAUGUUUAAUAUAUUUUUCCUUACCUUGUAAAUUUGGGCUUGUUUGUUGUCGAUUAUACGCAUUAUGUUCAUUAAUAAUUGUUACAUGUGAAAAUAUUUUUAUGUUAAUUAUUCUUUAGAAGUCGAGAACAAAUGGAGCCCCAAAUUCAAGUGUAAUAAGGUGCAUUUUUGCCUGUCCCCGAUAGUCGACAGUGUAAUGUCGGUGAUUGAUACACUGCCAUUCAGCAGUUUGCAUAGUAUUAUUUUACGCGUAUCUCUCGAAGGUAAGUGCCAAAAUCGGACCAUUGGAUGUAAUGAACACGAAAAGUAUUCAAAAUUGAUUUCAUUCAUAAAUUAAUUUAAUUUUGUUAAUUUUAAUAGUAAUUAAUUUAUUUUACACUAAUUGUGUACAGAUAAAAUUUUUAAUGAAGUGAAUUGGUACGACGAAACUUUAGUGGAUAUUAGAUUGUAUGAAUUUCUGUCUUAUCAUCGAGUUCCGUAUUGCUUAUAAUAAGCGUAGAACUGACAAUUUGAAUGUAGCUUUUACCGUGGUUAAGUAAAUGUUCGCAAUGCAUUAUUGUCGGGACAAUGUCACAACGUAUACAAGAUACAUAUCCCUGUUGGUACAAAAGGGGUUGACCUGCCUUUUCAUAUCACCCGCGGCUUUUUCUGCAUACGAUUUUUUUUGUAAAUAUAAUUUCAGCCGACGCGCACUAUGCGCGCCGUUGGAUCGUAGCGCCAAAUGGGAUUUGUCAUGGUACUACAAACAAUAUGUUGAUGAAAAAGCCUAAGACUUGUUUUAAAUUCAGAUAAUUUAUGUAAUUUAUUGAGUAGGUAACAUGUAAUGUUUUAUUAGUAUGUUAAUGCGCGCCUCCGUGCGUGCGGCGGCCGCGCGGCAACACGCCAUUCAUGGCGAGUGAUUAUUGCAACUCGCGCCAAAAAAGAAUCGAAUCCAAAAUGGCGACUCUAGACAUUCUGUCCCCCUCGCAAACUAUUCCUGACAUGAUGUACGAGAGGGACAGAAUUUCUUACAACGUCAUUGUCGAUGCGUUUCUUUAUUGCCGCGGGAUAUCGAGGUUUUAAUUAGUUAAGAUUGUGGUUUAGAUAUUUGUUCAUGUGACGCGAAGACGCAUCGCUUCGUUUCCACCGCCGUCCGCAGGGGGGCGCCCCGCGCGAUAUGUUGCUGUUAGCCAAUUUGUCGUUGAUCAGUGUAAAGUCUAGUCUUUAUCCUGUUUUUAUUAUUAUCUCUAACGAUAUAAUUAUUAUAUCUAAAUAUUUACGAAUCGAUAUUUAAUGAAUUUGUGCGAUUUUGUUCCGCUCAAGGAACGCGUAGGCUCGUGGUUAGUUAGUUUAUAAGUACAUUUUAAUGUAAAGUAUACAGUUAUUAAUCUCCAUUCUCCCUUUCAGUAUUUGUGGUGUACGUUUUUUUUUUAAUGUGAGAAGCAUAUCAGAUUAUGACAAUUGUGGCGACCGCGCACUCGCGCACGUGGCGAUUUAAUAAGAGAUUACUCAAAAACGGUGGGAUUGGCCGCGGUGAAGUUUUAGAAAGCACUUUCGGUCUAUGUUAGUAGUUAAUGCUGACUGAGCUCAAACUCUGGAAAGUAGUAGAUUAGUUAGUUAUUGGACGUGGCACGGCGGUGCGCGGUCGCGUGUGUAUGAGAGAGCUUUGUUUUGUUACGAUGUACUGUUACAUUCGAGUAGUUUUAGUCCGCCGCUAGUGCGACGGUGUAAAACUCGUUUAUGGUAAUGUAAAUGUUGCUUUAUAAUGUCUACAAAAUAUAUAAUCCCAUGUACAUGUGGUGGUUUCCUUUAUUAUCUCCUCCUAUUUGCAAUUAUUGCCUACUUGCGUAUCUGUCUGUGGUAUUGGAACGAACGGGUUAAUGACGCGGAAAGCCCGUAAAGGAGACUGUUCAAAUUUAUAUGGAUGGUAGUAGAGUCCAAAGUUUUAUGAAAUACACUAAUUGUUAAUCGCUUGACAAAAAACUAGAAUUUGUUUUAUCCCCGUUUUUUAAACGAUAAUUAAGUAUAUAUUUUUUUAAACAUAAUAAUCAUUGGUUGGCAAAAGGCAAGUUUAUUUAUCUUUUCUCUGUUGCCAAAGCAUCAAAUAUAUUGUAUUCAAUAGGUAACUACAGCGGUGAUAAUUAUUCAGAUCCUGUCAUUCUCUAUUCAUCAUCAUCAUCAGCCUAUUAAUGUCCCCAC